ACGCAUCGAUCGGCUGUUACCAAAGUCAUUGAUUCAAGUGCAAGAGAAUGAAUUCAUUCUCUAGAUUUCAUUGAACUUAGUUGCAAGAGAAUGAAUUCAUUUCAUUGAUGACCUCUUCUUUUCCACUUUCACAUCAGACUAUAGACUGGAGAUUAGAUACUAAAGUCGACUUAAAGCCACAUAAGACGUUCUAUAAUAAGCUCGAGCUCGCCUCGUUUAGUGUUGGUGUUGAUAUUAGGCAGCCGAUCCUAAAAAGUUGGAUCCAUGUUUGGUGGUUAUGUUUAAAUACGACCCGUUACUGAAGUAGACGAGAUUUAAGUGCAACAGACUGAAUUCAUUGGUGAGCUCUUCUUUACCACUUUCACAUCAGACUAAAGACUGGAGAUUGGAAGCUAAAGUCGACUUAAAGCCCCAUAAAAACGAUCUAUAAUUAAGCCGAUCUCGCCCCGAUAAUUGUUGGUGUGGAUGCCAAGCGGCCGAUCCUAAAAAAUUGGAUCCGUAUUUCGUGGUUGCAUUUACAUCCGACCCAUCUAUACACCAACACGGUGGAACCCAAUCGCUGCGUGACAUUUUCGUAAUUGGGCUACGUGCUCGGGAUAUAUUGGACAAUGGCAAGAUGUAGACUCUCUCGCUGUUAGGGUUUCCGAUUGGUCCUCUGGAAGACAGUUAUCGGGGGUGGUCCGGCGGGGGCGGCGUUGGAGGUCUCUGGAUCCAUGGCCAUCUUUAGGCUCUUCGCGUACUUCGCUUUAGAUUGUUGCAUAUGAUCCUCGUUGAUGACGGCGGAUGGUGGCAGUUUCAUCAGUAUCAGGUGGUGGGUAGAGCUCUUCCAACGGCGGCAGUGGAGCACCCCAAGAUUUACCGUAUGAAGCUGUGGGCUACGAGUGAAGUCAGAGCUAAAUCCAAGUUCUGGUACUUUUUAAGGAAGCUGAAGAAAGUGAAGAAAAGUAAUGGCCAAGUUCUUGCUAUUAAUGUGAUAUUUGAGAGGAAACCAACAAAGAUCAAGAAUUAUGGCAUCUGGCUGCGGUACCAAAGCCGAACAGGUUACCACAACAUGUACAAAGAGUACAGGGAUAUUACACUGAACGGUGCCGUGGAGCAGAUGUACAACGAGAUGGCAUCCCGCCACCGAGUCAGGUGCCAUUGCAUCCAGAUUAUCAGGACUGCCACCAUUCCUUCCAAACUAUGCAAGCGUGAGAGCACGAAGCAAUUCCAUGAUUCUAAAAUCAAAUUCCCCGUCGUCUUCAAGAAAGUCAGGCCCCCUACCAGAAAGUUGAAGACCACUUUCAAGACCUCCCGCCCUAGUCUCUUCAAGUAAAAGAAAGCACUCGAGCACAUUCUCCAGAAACUUUUGCAUUUAGUUCAUGCAUUGUUGGAUGAACUUAAAAUGCCACGGUCAGAGAUUGUUUUUGUGUAGGACUUUUGCAGAGAGAUUUUGUGAUUUGGAUUAGGAGAAUUCAUUUCUCAUUUUCAGCAUGUUGUUGUUAUAGCGGAUGUGAUCUUAUGAAUUGGAUUAGCUAUUCCAGUUUAA